AUGCUAUUCAUUAUAUUCCAGGUACAAGAAUGGUUAUGCUUAAAUUGCCAGACUCAAAGGGCACUAUCAGGACAACUUGGGGAUAUAGAAAAAAUUACACCUCCGGUACUUCCAAAAUCAUCAGUCAAACCAUCAAAUGUUCUUCAAAGUCAGUCUAAACCUGCUGAGUCACACCACCAACAAAAGACUUCAGCAAAACCUGCCCUGGUGCCUGAAAAACCAAAAAUUGGUUCAGAAAUUCAGAAAGAAGAUCCAAAGAUUAAGAAGGACACACUUUUAGCAAAAACAUUUACUGGUAGAAUCCAGGAAGAAAUUAUUCAAACUGAUAUUUCAAAGUUUUCAGAAGAAAAAUUGGCAAAAACAACAUCUGCUGAUAAAAUCAUUCAAGGAAUUUCAAGGGAAGAUUCAAAAAUUGAAAAGGAAAAAUUGGGAAAAUCAUCAUCUGCUGAUCAAAUUCUUAAAAAAGAGUCAAAACUGACCACAGUUGAUAAGAUUUCAGGAAAUAUACACGUGGGACAGGCAAAAAUAUCUUCUCAUGUACACCCAGAACUUCAACAGGUUAAAUUGACCAAAGGUGAGCAAACUCAGAAGGAGGACCCAAAGAUUCAAGUCAAAUUACUAUCUGCUGAUCAGAAUCAGAAGGAUCAGGUGAAUUUGGAAAAAAUACCAUCAGCUGGUAAAAUCCUGCAAGAAGUUCAAAAGCAAGAUCCAAAGCUUUAUCAAGAAAAAAUGACUAAAGUAGCCUCAGAUGGUGAAAUUAUGAAAGUUGAACCAAAAUUUCAGCAGGCAAAAUUGGCCAAAAUACUAUCCUCUGAUCAAAUUCAGAAAGAAGAUUCAAAACGAAUUCCAGCAAAAAUAGUGAAAACAACCUCUGCUGAUCAGCUGUCAAAAGAUUCUGUGAAAUUUAAGGAACCAAAACAAGUAAAAUUGCCUAUGAUGGAAUCAAUUUCUUCCAAGACAAGUAGCAUCCAGACACAGCUGUCACAAGACUCAGCUCACCUCUCUGAAAUCAAACAGAAACCAAAACAAGAACAAUUAUUUGAAGAAAAGCCAGAAGCUGAAAUGCUUCUAGAAACAAAACAGCAGGAGGAUUCCUCGAUAUGUAUGUCAGAAACCAUCUCAAAAACUCAUAAAUUACCCAAGGAAAAUAUUUCAGCUCUCCCAGUAUCAUUACCAAAAUCUUAUCCUGUGGAGUCACUGAGAGAAAAAACAGAAAAAGAAGAUGACAAAUCAGAUAUAUCAAGUUCACAGCAGCAAAAAAGUCCUCAAGGUUUAAGUGAUACAGGAUAUUCAUCUGAUGGAGUCUCAAGUUCACUUGGUGAAAUUCCAAGUCUUACUCAAACUGACGAAAAAGAUAUGCUGAAAGAGCCUUGUAAAAAAGAAUCUCUUUCACAGGAGGGAAGCCCAACUAGCCCCUCUGAUCUUGCUAAGCUAGAAAGCACUGUCUUGUCAAUUCUGGAAGCUCGGGUAACAAGUCUGGCUGAAGAGAAGUCUGGAAGGACCAAAGAUCUUUAUACUGAACAGACAAAAGACUCUCAUGAAACAGCACUCUUGCCUAUCACCUCAGAAUCGUUCAGUUCUGAGGAGGAGGAUUUGACAAAACCAAAUAUUCAAGGUGAAGGAGAUCCUGAACAAGGCAGUAAACAAACUUUGCCAUCUCAGAAAGGACCCAAGCAGACAGCAGGGAUAACAGAAAAUGUAUCACCCACAAGGCAAAGAUAUGACUCUGUAGAAGACAGCAGUGAGAGUGAGAAUUCACCUGUCCCACAAAGAAAAAGACAGGCUAGUAUUAGUUCUUCAAGCAGUGAUGAAUAUAAACCAGAAGAUAGUCCAGGUUCAGGUGAUGAUGAAGAUUUCAUUCGAAAACAGAUCAUGGAGAUGAGUGCUGAUGAGGAUGCUUCAGGUUCCGAAGAUGAAGAAUUCAUCAGAAAACAGUUAAAAGAAAUUAGUACAAAUGAAACUCAGAAGAAGGAAGAAGUUAAAAUUAAAAAAGGAAUAGGUGGAAAACAUAAGAGGGUAUCACGUAAAAGUAGCACAGGCUAUGAUGAGGAUUCUGGAAGACGCCAUUCCUGGCACGAUGAUGAUGAUGAUGAUGAGACUUUUGAUGAAAGUCCAGGACCCAAAUAUAGAGAGACAAAAAGUCAAGAGAGUGAAGAAAUUACUGCAACUGGAGGAGGAGGUCUUCGUCGCUUCAAAACAAUAGAACUUAACAGUACAAUUACAAAUAAAUUUUCUGAGGAAUCAGAAACACCAAAGAGAAGUUUAUAUUUUGAUGAAGAGCCAGAAUUAGAAAUGGAGAGUCUUACAGAUUCACCAGAGGAUAGAUCACGGGGAGAAGGAUCUUCUAGUUUGCAUGCCUCCAGUUUCACCCCAGGUACAUCUCCUACAUCUGUUUCAUCCUUUGAUGAAGAUAGUGAUAGCAGUCCCAGUCAUAAAAAAAUGGGGGGAGAAAGUAAGCAGCAGCGUAAAGCCAGACAUCGGACACAUGGACCUCUUCUUCCAACGAUUGAAGAUUCUUCUGAGGAAGAGGAACUUAGGGAGGAGGAAGAGCUGCUGAAAGAGCAAGAAAAACAGCGUGAACUAGAACAGCAACAAAGAAAGAGCUCUAGCAAAAAAUCUAAGAAAGAUAAAGAUGAGCUCAGAGCCCAGAGAAGAAGAGAACGACCAAAAACACCACCAAGUAAUCUUUCUCCUAUUGAGGAUGCAUCUCCAACAGAAGAAUUGCGUCAGGCAGCAGAAAUGGAGGAACUACAUCGAUCUUCCUGUUCUGAAUAUUCACCAAGUAUUGAGUCCGACCCUGAAGCUUUUGAAAUCAGUCCAGAAAAAAUAAUAGAAGUGCAGAAGGUUUACAGAUUACCAACAGCUGUCUCACUGUAUUCUCCUACAGAAGAACAGCCCAUUGGAAUGUUCAAACAAGGGAAUAAUCAAAAGAUUUUAAAAAGUGCAGAAGAGGUAUAUGAAGAAAUACUGCAUGCGUCCCAGAAGGCCAGACAACUUCCAGAUGAAAAUGAAAGAGAAGAAGUGUUUGAAAAAGAACCUUUAUAUGGUGGCAUGCUAAUAGAAGACUAUAUUUAUGAAUCUUUAGUAGAAGAUGCAUACAACGGGGCUACAGAGUCUAAUCUCAUAACAAAACAAGAUGAGUGUGAUGAAUUUAGGCAAGAAAAAGACAAAGAGAAAAAAACACCUCCAGAGCAAAUGUAUGAAGAACCAGUACAAAAACCCAUUGAUUUACAAAACACCUAUUAUAGGAUAGAGCUUUUGCAUUCAAUUAUGCCUCAAGAAGAUAUUGUCUCUAGCUCUUAUAUCAUGCCAGAAAGCCAUGAAAUAAUUGUACUGGACAAUGUCGCACCAACUUCAAGUGAUGAAAAACAGCUGCUAGAUGCAGAUGCUGUUUAUGAAGAACUUAUGAAGCGGCAUAGAAUACAGUUGACCCCAGGCUCCAGUCCUACUCAGUCAACUCCUGAAUUAGUUUCCAUCUCAAAGAGAAGUAUAUCUGGAGAAGCAAUAGAUAGUAACUCACUAAUUUUAAGCACUUCUUCAGCAAUUUCAGACAUAACUUCAGUAAGCUCUGUAGUGCUUCCCAUUCCAGAUGUAAAAAUUACCCAGCACUUUUCAGUUGAAGAAACAGAGGAUAAUUAUUUUACUGAUUAUGCCCAUGAGGUGGAAGAAAUUAUUUCCCAAGAAACAUCCAUGUUGACAUACUCAGAGGCCUCAGAAAGUGCCACUCCUGUUUUGCCUUCUGAUACAUGUUCUCUUACAUCAUCUACAUCUUCUGUUUACACCACCGACAGUACUUCACCAGUAGCUGGAUCAGAUGGCAUAGCUCCCAUUUAUAAAGAUUCAGUAGAUGCUCUUAGUGGGCUAUCAGAUUCAGAAGGGAUCAUUUCAGUGACACAGGCUACUAUAAUUUCCCAAAGUGAGAACUAUGAACCUCUUAUGUUAUCCCCCAAGAAGGCACUCAUAGCCAAAGAUCUAACUGAUACCAGUCAGGUAUUGGUUACUCUUCCUGAAACUGACUCCUUUGUAUCAACUUCUGUAGAAACAAAGCCCAGAAAUGUUGUCUCUGCCUCUCCUGUCUUGGCAGAAGAUGGCAAAGCUGGAAGAGACAUAUCAAAGUUUAAUGAUCUGAAAAGACUUUAUGAAGAUGAAUAUUCAAGGGUUUCCAUUAAUAUGACAGGAAUAGAUGCUGUAUCUGACCAAGAAUUUACCUGCAUAGUUCCAGUCACUGCAUUAUAUUCUGUUUCUUCUAUUAUUCCUGUACUGUCAUCUGAAGGUUCUACAGUUUCCACUGCUACAUCCAAAACAUUUUUGGAAAGAUCUUUUGUUCAUCCCUCUCCACCAUAUCCUCCUCCUCCACCACCACCACCACCCCCUCCACCACCACCACUUCCCCCACCUAUUCUACCAAAGCCAGCUAUUUAUCCUAAAAAGAAGCCACCAGUUAAAACUGCAGUGACCACAGCUCCCACCAUGUCAUCCAUUAGUACUGCCAAAAUAGCAGAGACCUCUGCUAUAAAAACUAAUGUAUCUCCUGUCACAAAAAUAUACACAUCAACACCACCUCCCGUCCCACCUAAACCAGCUUUAAUUCCAGCAGGACUUGUAUUUGCACACAGACCUUCUGAAAUAAUAAAGCCUCCUAUUGCUCCUAAACCAACCAUUCCUCAGUUACCAGUAGCUGUUCAUAAACCAAUAGAAACACAGUCAAAACCAGAAGGUUUGUCUUUUACCAGCUGUAUGACUUUGAACUUGGUUUCCCCUGUUGAAUACAAAUUGACCUCUCCCACAUCCCCAUCAUCUCCACAUUCUAAUAAAUCAUCUCCAAGGUUGUCCAAACCUUCUCAGGAAACCUAUGUUGUUAUCACAUUGCCCUCUGAGCCUGGAACUCCAACAGAAUCCAGUACCAGUCAAGCAAUUACCAGUUGGCCUUCAGGUUCACCCCUUAAGGAACAAGCUCCAGAAUCUAUACAAACAUUGUUCAUGCCAUCUAUAAGUUCACUGCAAAUGCAAAGUAUAACAGAUCAAAGCAAGAAUACACCAGAUGCUUUGAAUGCUAUUUCUUCUAUUCCUAUCACUACUCCUGCACGGACAAUUUUUGGCAUGGUACCUAAUUCCACAACAGAACUAAUAACAACAGAGAUUGCAAGGACUACAGUGUCUUUGGUAAAAAAUGUUGGAUUAGAUAGUGUUUCUAUAACUAUACCCCCAGACCCAGCACAUGUAGUAGAGCAAACCAAAUAUAGAGAAAAUGGAAGAUCGCAUGUCUUUGGUGAUGUUAUGGAUCUCCGUACCUUGACUAAAACUGAUAUUGAGAGAAUGGAUAGUUGUAUGGACCUAUCUGCUGCUCCCACAGAAGUGAGAAGUCAAAUGACUGCAAGUGACGCUUCUGGGCAGUCAGUAAGCACAGUUGAACCAGGGAUCAUAAAUCUUAGUACUGUGUCUGUGGUCAAUCUCUCUUUAGCUCCAGUUGCUGAUGCCAUUUCAGUAGUGACCUGUGCAUCUACUCUAAGUUAUAGUACAAGUAUAGAAAGUCUUAUAGACCUUGGACAUGGAGUGACAACUCCACUUCAUUUAACAACAUCAAAACAUUUUGAACCUGGACCUGGAAUAACAGGAAGUCAGACCCCCUCUGCAGACAGAGAAGAAGCACCAAUAAAUCUGUCCCUUGGUACUCCCACAUAUGCACUCACAUGGGCCGCAACAAAGCCUGUUACUGAGGUACCAAAUGGUUGUAUCAAUGCUUCUGCUGCUCACAAAGCUAUGGACAGUGAAGUAGUUGACCUGAGCACUACAAAAUCCUACAGAACGAGGGUGACAGUUGAUGAAACAACUUCAGGAUUUUUUACAACUGUAAUAGAUGAUGAAAAACCUGUAGAUUUGACUGCAGGGAGAAGGGCUGUUUGUUGUGAUAUGAUCUACAAAUUACCAUUUGGGAGGAGCUGCACCGCUAAAGCACCAGCAACUACACUACCAGAAGAUCGUUUUGGUUACAGGGAUGAUCACUAUCAGUAUGAUCGUUCUGGGUCCUAUGGUUACAGAGGAAUUGGGGGUAUGAAACCUUCUAUGUCAGAUACCAAUUUAUCAGAAGCUGGACUUUUUCAGUAUAAAAGCAAGAAUACCUUUGAGUACCAAGUUGGGGCAGCUGAUAUAGCGGUAGACUUAACUUCUGGCAGAGUUACAACAGGUGAAAUUAUGGAUUAUUCAAGCAAGAUUACUGAUCCAUAUCCAGAGACCCGGCAUGUGAUUUCUGGCAUUAGUGCACCUCAAUAUUCCCAAGCAAGAAUGGUAUCAUCCUUAGGAUCCCCAUAUGGAAGUGUUUUGAGAUCAUCCAAUGGGGUUGUUUAUUCAUCAGUUGCAGCUCCAAUCCCAUCUACAUUUGCUAUUACAACACAGCCUGGUUCUAUUUUCAGUACUUCAGUUCGAGACCUGUCUUCUCUUCAUACAAUUGAUUCAAUGCCUUCAUUAUCAAACUUGCAACAGAGCCAGGCACUCCCAAGAUCAUUACAUUUUUUGACAACAAUAGCCUCUGAAAAAGACAGUUCAAUUACUGGCAUCGACCCUGGAAUACAACCUCUCCCUCUAGAAACUAUUACUACUGAGCCAACAUUGCCUGUCUUUAGUACGUCUUCUGAAGCUUUUAUAGAUGGAACUGAAGAUGAAGGAACAGUUCUCAUUGGCCCUGAAGAAGACAAACAACAGCAUCUUGACCUAGAACGUGAGCUUCUAGAGCUUGAAAAACUGAAGCAGCAGCGUUUUGCAGAAGAGCUAGAAUGGGAACGUCAAGAAAUACAAAGGUUUAGAGAACAAGAGCAGUUCAUGGUUCAGAAGAAGCUUGAGGAAUUGCAUUCUAUGAAGCACCAUCUUCUCUAUCAGCAGGAAGAAGAGAGGCAAGCUCAGUUCAUGAUGAGACAAGAAACAUUGGCUCAGCAGCAGUUACAUAUUGAACAAAUCCAACAACUUCAACAGCAGCUUCACCAGCACUUAGAAGAGCAAAAAAUCCACCAGAUCUAUCAAUAUAAUUAUGAUCCUUCUGGAACUGUGUCCCCACAAACAACCACAGAUCAAGUCCUUCUUGAUGGCCAAUAUACUGCAAACAACCAGUUCUGGCCUAGUGAGGAGGUGACAACCACUACUUCUGCUAUCCUGGGGAUUGAGAUUCCAGAGAGCCAAGGAUGGUAUACUGUUCAAUCAGAUGGUAUUACUCAAUACAUUCCCAAGCCAGGGAUGUUAAGUUCUGUUUCCGAGAUAUCUCUUAAAGACAUGGAUGUGAGAGAGGAAAAACAACUAAAAAAGAAGAGUUCCACACCAAAGCUGCAUGGCCUUUAUGAAGAACAUGAUGAAGGCACUGAAGGUGAACCCAGGGGUCUUAAAAAAAUAGUAGAGAGCAGUGUUCAAACUGAUGAUGAGGAUAGUGCAGACAUAGGCUAUGCAGACAGGAGACGUAGAACUAAAAAGAGCGUUGAUACAAGUGUUCAGACGGAUGAUGAGGAUCAAGAUGAAUGGGAUCCUACCAACAGAUCAAGAAGAAAGACUCGUGUAGGGAAAUAUGAAGGGACCACUGAAGUGGACAAGGCUAAACCAUUUUCCAAAGUCUCCAGUAUUGCAGUGCAGACUGUGGCAGAGAUAUCUGUACAAACUGAGCCUAUGGGGACAAUAAGGACUCCAUCAGUAAGGGCCCAGUUAGAUGCAAAGAUAGAAAUAGUCAAACACAUUUCAGCUCCAGAAAAGACAUACAAAGGAGGAAGUUUGGGAUGUCAGACAGAAACAGAUUCAGAUACCCAGAGUCCCCAAUAUCAUAAAGUCACUUCCCCUCAGAAAGAUAAAAAGCGCCCAAUGCCAUUAGAAAUAGGAUAUUCAUCCCAUCUUCAUCCAGAAACCACACUUCAGGUAGUUCCUUCAGCUCCUAAAUCUCCCAAAGUCCUCUAUUCUCCCAUUUCACCUGUUUCUCCAGCUGCAGUCAUGGAGUCUGCCUUUGUACCCUAUGAGAAGUUGAUUGCUGAAGAUAUUAGUCCUCAGAAAAUUCUACAUGCCGAUGUCACUACGGUUCCUCAGUUGAGCCCAAAGUCUGCCAAGGUGAUCCAGCGCUCUUUGUCUGACCCUAAGCCUCUAAGCCCCACAGCUGAAGAUCUUUCCAGAGCUCAUUUCCAGUACACAGAUGGUUUUUUGCAAGCUAAAGAACCUUCAAGUGCAGCAUCAUCAGGAAUGCAGAAAAAGGUCAAAAGAACUCUACCCAACCCACCUCCAGAGGAUGUUGCAGUCGGAACACAAUCAGCCUUCCCCACUGUUGGGUCAAUUUCACGCCGAAGGAUAUGCAGAAGCAAUACCAUGGCCAGAGCUAAAAUCCUCCAGGAUAUAGACAGAGAACUAGAUUUGGUAGAAAGAGAGUCUGCUAAGCUUCGCAAAAAACAAGCAGAGCUUGAUGAAGAAGAAAAAGAAAUAGAUGCAAAACUCCGGUAUCUAGAAAUGGGCAUAAAUCGACGUAAAGAAGCCCUGCUAAAAGAAAGAGAAAAGAGGGAAAGAGCCUACCUGCAAGGUGUUGCAGAGGAGCGUGAUUAUAUGUCUGAUAGUGAAGUUAGCAGCACCAGGCCUACCAGGGUAGAAUCCCAACAUGGCUUGGAAAGACCAAGAACUGCACCCCAAACAGAAUUUGAUCAAUUUAUACCCCCACAGACACAGCCAGAAACUCAAUUUGCAACUCCUACAAGUCCUUAUACUCAGUAUCAAUAUUCUUCACCUGCCAUUCCUACUCAGGCACCAACUCAGUAUACUCAGCAAUCACAUUACCAGCAGCCGCAGCCUUUAUAUCAACAGCAGGUUUCGCCCUAUCAGACUCAAACUGUGGUGACCAUGUCCUUUACACCUCAAGCUCAACCACCACCAACUUUACAACCUUCCUAUCAGCUCUCAUCACCAUUGAUGAUGAUUCCACAAAAGACAAGGCAAACUCCAUUAUACCUGGAUCCCAAGAUAACAACAAAUUAUGAUGUAAUUCACAAUCCACCUCUCAUGAUAGCACCUGCUUCCUCUGAUAAUUCAUAUUCAGUGCCUCAUUUGGGUACCAAGUAUAGCACUUUGGAUUUAAGAAUGGGACUGGAUGAAAGGAGCAGCAUGGCCAGUAGUCCCAUCUCAAGCAUAUCUGGUGACUCAUUCUAUGCAGACAUUGACCACCACAGUACACGCAGUUAUGUGCUGAUUGAUGAUAUUGGGGAUCUCGCUAAAGAAACAUCAACCCUAAGUUCUGCAUAUGGUCUACAUGAAAAGGAUCUCAGCAAAACUGAUAGGCUCCUUCGAACCACCGAGGCUCGGAGAGUACAAGAAGUCUCAGAUUUCCUUGCACCACUACAAACUUCUCCAAGACUGCAUAGCUACAUGAAAACUGAUGAAGACCCAAUGGAGGAUCCUUAUGAAUUGAAACUUCUAAAACAUCAGAUCAAACAGGAGUUUCGAAGAGGUGCAGAAAGCAUGGAUCACUUGGCUGGCCUCUCACACUAUUAUCACGCAGAUACUAAUUACAGACAUUUCCCCAAAUCUGAGAAAUAUAGCAUAAGCAGGCUUACUUUAGAAAAGCAAGCUGCCAAGCAGCUUCCAGCAGCCCUUCUUUAUCAGAAGCAAUCAAAGCACAAAAAAGCUUUGAUAGAUCCUAAAUUAUCUAAAUUUUCACCAAUUCAGGAAAGCAGAGACCUUGAGCUUGAUUAUUCAACCUAUUUGACUUCCAAUAUAUCAUCAGUUGGUAGUAUCACUUCCAAAGCAAAGCUCCUCCAAGAUGACCUAACAUUUGGCCUUCGAAAAAAUAUUACAGACCAACAGAAGUACAUAGGUCCAAGUUUAACUCAUUCCCUUGGAACAAGCCUCGGGGCAGCACUGAGUGUAACAAUGAGAUCAACUUUACAAGAUGAUGCUGACAAAUCUUAUGCCAGUGCUACUAGAUCUAGACCUUCCUCACGGCCAUCCUCUGUCUAUGGGCUUGACUUAUCACUAAAACGAGAUACUUCCAGCUCUUCUUUAAGAUUGAAAGCCCAAGAAGCUGAACCUCUAGAUGUUUCCUUCAGCCAUGUAGCUCCUUCUGGAAGAACUAAACCUACCAGUCUACCUAUAAGUCAAAGCAGAGGAAGGAUUCCAAUAGUAGCACAGAACUCAGAAGAAGAGAGUCCUUUAAGUCCAGUGGGCCAGCCAAUGGGAAUGGCAAGAGCAGCAGCUGGGCCAUUACCACCUAUAUCUGCAGACACUAGGGACCAGUUCGGCUCAAGCCAUUCAUUGCCUGAAGUCCAACAGCAUAUGAGGGAGGAAUCACGAGCUCGAGGCUAUGAUCGAGAUAUUGCUUUCUUCAUGGAUGACUUCCAGCAUGCCAUGUCAGAUAGUGAAGCCUACCACCUGCGUCAGGAAGAAACAGAUUGGUUCGACAAACCCCGAGAGCCUCGUCUUGAGAAUGGACCUGGUUUUGACAGAAGACUGCCAGAUAAGUUAGCCCACUCAAGACCACCAAGUCAGCAUCAAGACCAAAUUAUUGGGAAGCCUAUCCAAUACAUCUUUCCCCAUGCAAGGCUGAAGCUGUUGAGAGACCCGAAGGAUCACUCUGUUUCAGGCAAUGGACUUGGGAUCCGAGUUGUAGGUGGGAAAGAAAUUCCUGGAACCAGUGGAGAAAUUGGCGCUUACAUUGCAAGGAUUCUACCAGGUGGAAGUGCUGAGCAAACGGGGAAACUUAUGGAAGGCAUGCAGGUGCUGGAAUGGAAUGGCAUUCCCUUGACAGGCAAGACCUACGAAGAGGUCCAGAGCAUCAUCAGUCUACAGAGUGGGGAAGCUGAAAUAUGUGUAAGACUGAAUAUAAGCAUGCUGUCAGAUGGCGAGAGUUCACAACAUCUGGAAUUGCUUGAGCCAGGAAAGACUGUGGAUAAAACAAAAUCCCCAGGAGUUGAUCCUAAGCAGCUGGCUGCAGAACUGCAAAAGGUUUCUCUGCAACAGACUCCCCUGAUUGCCUCUUCAGCAAUGGAGAAGGGGUCCCAUGCACAUUCUGGGACAACAUCAGCCACCUCCAGUUCUGUUCCUAGCCCUGGGCAACCUGGUUCUCCUUCAAUUAGCAAGAAACGACACAGUAACAAGCCUACUGAAGCCUCAAAGUGUGGUUCCCAUCCAAUAACUGGAGAAAUUCAGCUUCAAAUCAACUAUGACAAGCACCUUGGUAAUUUGAUUAUUCACGUCCUUCAAGCAAGAAACCUUGCCUCCCGUGACAACAAUGGUUAUUCUGACCCUUUUGUCAAAGUUUACCUUCUACCAGGAAGAGGCCAAGUCAUGGUGGUCCAGAAUGCAAGUGUUGAGAACAAGAGAAAGACAAAAUAUAUACAGAAAAGCUUGAAUCCUGAAUGGAACCAGACUGUUAUUUAUAAAAGCAUCUUCAUGGAGCAG